AUGGGCGGGGGUGGACGGGACCUGCUGCACUAUUCAUGUAACCAUCUGCUCCCUUUCACAGAGUCUUACUCCACAGGCCUGUGGGCUCUGGAACCAGGCCGUGUGGGCUGUGUCCCUGGUCCAGUUCCUCCAGUAGUGCUCAGAGGCAGUGCACAAACAUAUGAUUUCGACCAGCCACCACUGCUGCUCUCGCUGUUUUGGUUUCGAGCUAUACCACCAUGUGCAAUACAAACAGCCGAGCAGAGCGCCUGUGCUAUUGGAGUCUGGGCUGGAAUAGAGGGGAGAGAAUGUAAGGGAGCAAACACAAGCAGCAGGGGACUUCCACAGCAAUAA